GGUUGACAGCGACAUGCCGCCGCAGGAGAAGUUUCCGGCGACCGCCGGAGUUUCCGGGGACCGGUCUUCCCCGCAGGACACGAGUCCCGACGGGGGCCUGUCAGCCUCGGCCUCGUCCGACGGCCUCUCGACCGUCAAGGGCCGCAAGAGCGACGACGACCCGGAUGACGAGGAGCAGCCCAAAGACAUGGACUUUGACGACCUGCUGCCGCACGUGGGCGAGUUCGGCACCUAUCAAAGGAUCCUGUUCGUGCUGAUGAUACCGUUCGCCUUCUUCGUCGCCUGGGUGUACUUCUCGCAGAUAUUCAUCACCCUCGUGCCGGAGGAGCACUGGUGCCGCGUGCCGGAAUUGGAGAAUCUCACAGUUGAGGAAAGGAUCGCCUUGGCGAUACCGCCCGGCGAGGAUGGCUUACAUUCCAAGUGCACCAUGUACGACGUAAAUUACACGGAGGUCCUGUCGAACGGGACCAGACAGGCGGACCCGACGUGGCCGACGAGGGGUUGCUCGCACGGCUGGGAGUUCAAUUUCACCGACGUCCCCUACGAGACCGUGGCGACCGAGUUGGGAUGGGUGUGCGAGCACAGCGCGCUGCCGACGACCGCCCAGAGCAUCUUCUUCAUCGGCGCGAUCUUCGGCGGCCUGAUCUUCGGAUGGAUCGCCGACAGAUACGGCAGAAUACCGGCGCUGGUCGGUGCCAAUGUCACCGGUUUCCUGGCGGGCGUCGCGACCGCCCUGGCCGGAAGUUUCUGGGAGUUCGCGCUGUGCCGGUUCUUCGUCGGCUUCGCCUUCGACAAUUGCUUCACCAUGAUGUACAUACUGGUACUGGAAUACGUGGGACCGAAAUGGCGCACUUUCGUGGCAAACAUGUCGAUAGCUCUCUUCUUCACGUUCGCCGCCUGCAUCUUACCCUGGAUCGCGUAUUUCCUGGCCGACUGGAGGAUGACCUGCAUCGCGAUAUCCGUUCCUCUGGCCCUGGCUGUGGCAGCGCCCUGGUUGGUGCCGGAGAGCGCGAGGUGGCUCGUCAGCCAAAACCAAGUGGAGAAGGCCAUUGGGAUCCUGGGUAAAUUCGAACGCAUGAACGGCACGAAAGUACCCGAGAACGUCUAUCAACAGUUUCGCGAAACCUGCGCCAGAGUGUGCAAGGAACAAGAGGCGGACAAGACUUAUUCCGUGGUGGAUCUAUUUAGGAGUCCGCGUUUGCGAAACACCACAAUUCUCCUCAUCAUUAUCUGGAUGGCGAUAUCGCUGGUAUUCGACGGUCACGUAAGAAACGUGAAUAAUCUCGGGCUCGACGUCUUUGUAACGUUUACCAUCGCGGCAUUUACCGAACUACCCGCCGACACGUUCCUCACCCUCGUCCUCGAUCGAUGGGGCCGACGAUGGUUGGCCUGCGGUACCAUGGUAAUUUCCGGAAUUUUCAGCAUUUGGGCCAGCGCGGUUUCGAACAAUAUUUAUUCGGCCACCUUGGCGAUCGUCGGUAGAUUCUGGGUCAACAUCUCGUACAACAUUGGUCUUCAGUAUGCGGCCGAGGUGCUGCCGACGGUUGUGAGGGCUCAAGGGGUCGCCUUGAUCCACAUAAUGGGAUACGUCGCCAGCAUUCUCGCGCCCUUUGUCGUUUACUUGGACACUGUCUCGUCCAUUUUACCGCUGUUGGUCCUCGGCAUUCUGGGCGUUUUAGGCGGCCUCCUGACGCUCCUGCUCCCGGAGACACUCGAUAAAGAUCUGCCGCAGACCUUGCAAGACGGCGAGGAUUUCGGAAAGGAUCAGAAGUUAUGGGACAUGCCGUGUCUCUCGAAAAAAAAGCCUGACGUGGAGGCGCCGCCGGUGACUAUCUUCCGGUCUUUCGAACGCAGCAGCUUCCGAAGUUCAAUGAGAGCGUCUAUUCGCGGCGAGACCUUGAGGAGCAGCAUGAUACAAAGAUCGAGCAGAUCGAGCGUAAGAUCGCGGAAGAGCGUGAAUGCGGCCACGGAAGCGGAGAAGCCGGAGAAGCCGGAGAACAAGUGAAUACCGAGAAACGAGGCCCUGAUUUUUAACUCAUUUCCUCUCUCUCUCUCUCUCACUCUUUCUCUCUCUACCGUUGUUCUUUCUCUCAGAAUUGUGUGAUACUGGAGCUAAAUCAAAUUAUGCAUACGCCUGUAUCCAACUGUGUCAAUGACAGUUUUAGAUAAAAAAGACGAGGCAGAGCGUUACCCGCUCUAUUGAGCGCUAAAUUUAUUUAAUUAGGGAAGGGAAGGGUUGUUGCAAAUUAAUUUUAAGUAUCGACAGUAGAGAAGUAGAAAUGUCAAUUAGAACUUAAGCAAAGAUUAGAAUUCAAUUAAAUCGCUCUAAUUGGCCGUUCUAUUUGCCUCUGCAGACCAUAGUAGAACACUUUCGAUUUUUUUUUCUAUUACAUUCUAAAUCCUAUAUGUGUGAUGCCCUCGAAAUCUUGGAUUUCGAGUAAAAAUUAUAGAUAGGGACUUUUAGCUGCAGUCAUGUAGUGUGCGAGACUACGAUUUUUUUAUUGAGAUUCGUACUUAUAUAUAUAUAUUUUUACCACGCUUGUAUUUAAUAGGAGGAAGAAGAAAACCGGUGUCGUGAGUUUAGAAACGCGUGAAGUUUCGAAACUCUCUUGCCUGUUCCUUGCGAAAUGCGCGACCUUCGAGGAAAAAAAAAAAGAAGAGGAGAAACUAAUAUUUUCAGAUGCACCGUUCCGAUCCCGCGGGUGGGAACCGUAUUGAGAAAUAGAUGAGAAAUAGAUAAAAGGCAAAUAUGUACUCGAGACAAUGCAAGAAACACCACUCGUAUGCGUUUUACAUAAAUUGAUCGCGUCGCCGUGCAGCCGCGACUCGCGUCGCUGUUGCUCACGUACACGUGUAGUAUAUGUAAUACAAUGUAUAUACAUAUAGCGGAUGCGAAUCAAAUUUUUGAGUUAUCUCAAAUGACGCGACUGACUGCGCGUUGAAUGCGAAUGAGGAUCGCGCGUUCUGAAUGGGAAAUUUUCGGAUAUAGCAGCUUCAUUGUGAUAACACGCGUAUAUAUACAUAUAUAUAUUGUAUAUAUAUAUAUACAUAUUGUAUAUAUAUAUACAUAUUGUAUAUAUAUAUACAUAUAAUAUCGACAAUCGACAUGUCCUUUUAUCGAACGUUCAUCUUUAUAGUUAUACCUUUCGUUGAAAUUCAGAUCUCGAGAUUUGUGUACAUAUGCAACAUAUUUUAUAAUGUAAAUAAGAACAUUAAAUUAAUUUGUAUCUCCCCGUCGAUCUGUGUUAAUAAACGUAGACGUAACAUUCAAUCGAAUGAAUAAUUAUCGACUAUGGAUACUUUUGAUUGAAAAGGCUGCUCUGACGAAGGUUGCGAUUGUUAAUGAACGGUAACAACUAUCGACAGCUCCUCGAUUGCAAACGAGAGGAUUUAUGUUGGCUCAAUUGUCGCGUUGCGUUGCGUCGACGAUUAUCGCCGACUCGAUGAGUUUAAACGCGCUAAUAUCGAGCACGACGAAAUGUCUAGUGCAGACAUUGGGGAUCGUUAAUAAUGAGCUGUAAUUUAAACCACCUUAUCACUGCACUGCGGUCGACCCACAAUUAAUCAUUUCGCGUGGAAUUUCAGAAUCUACUCAACGGGACCACGAUUCAUCACAGCUAGUCUAACGCGAGAAUCCGGAAAGCGCGCGACCUUCCUCGCUAUCUUGAUCUCGUCGACGAUAAAAUGCACGAUCGAUAUAACGCGGGCGAUCAUUAGCAUUAAGUAUUCACGAUAAGGUGAAUCGUUUAUAUCUGGCGAUAUACAUUGUGGAAAUACAUUGUAGAAUCGUACAGGACGGCUCGCGUAGUUAGACUGAGCUGCAAGGAAAACGAAGGAAGUUAUUCGAUCCGUGAAAGCAAAUAUUCGCUUUAUCAUUAAAAUUUCUUUAUCGAAAUUAAAUGGAAAUUUAGAUAACGGAAA